GUUUCAUUAAAGACGUCGAGGUAGGUGAAGUGGGAUCAGAGAUGUUAGUCUCUCAAGCUCUCAUUCUUUAUAGGAGCGAUCCAAGUCGUGACAGUCUAAGCAUUGCGAUGUUCUACAUCAUUAUUUGCGCUGUUUUAUUGGUUGCAACUGUUUGUAUCAGGGUUUACUGCAUCCUGCCAAAACCCAUAGUCCCAGAAAGACCGAAGAAAAGCGCAGAAAAUAGAACACUUGCAGUUUUCUUGGGUUCGGGGGGGCAUACGAGCGAAAUGCUAGCCCUAGUUUCUUCGCUUGACUUUGACAGAUACUUCCCGAGAAUAUACAUAAUCAGCGGAGACGAUACGCUCAGCGAGCGGAAGGCUGCAGCACUAGAAGCCACAAAGGCUGCGAGCUCUCACUCAACGUCAAAGAAUUCAGAUGCAUAUACAUUUCUGGUUAUUCCUCGAGCUCGAAAAGUACAUCAAUCAUUGUUGACGACUCCGUUCACGGCCCUCCUUUCCGUCAUCGAAUCCUUUUACCACGUAGCACUUGCAUCCAGUCACCAAAAAGGUCAAUUUGCAGAUGUACUUGUGCUUAACGGCCCAGGGACCUGCUUAACUCUUUGUCUUGCGGUGUAUCUGAAUAAGUUUUUCGGUCUGGCAUCGCCCAAAAUGGUGUAUAUCGAAUCAUUUGCCCGGGUGCAGACUCUAUCACUGUCUGGAAAGCUACUUCGUUUUUUGGUCGACAGGUUUGUCGUGCAAUGGCCUCAACUCCUACAAGAUGGAAAAAGAGGAGAGUACCACGGCUGGCUCAUAUGACUGUUAUUCAGAAUUUGAGUUUUGGAAAUGGGGAGCAUCUCGAAGCAGUCGUAACUUGUUAUCACAUUAUCCUUCUAGAUCUAAACUACACGGAUAUAAACGCGAUGCAAAUGUAUGAUUCCAUA